GCCAUUAUUUCCAAUUUCUUCAGCCCAGCUUGCAUAGUUCUUCUGUUUCGGUUUCUCUUUUGUUACUUUCCUUUUUUCGGAUCAACAUCGCUUCAACAGACGACCUGGCAACCCUUGGGACCCAUCCGCAUCCAGACGGGCAUGCAGAGCAAAUGUGUCCAGCAUUCAAGGACAUGUGCUACGUCGCCUGUUUUUCAUUCCCGCUUCUUGGGAUCAGCACUUGGGUAUACAAUGGCCACUUGUCCGCCUAUUGAAUCAACUUUAAACCGCAACCUCUGCCAAACCUUCCUCAAAUGGAGGGGAACCGUCUCUUGUUUUCUGUUUUUAUGUUUUGUCUUUACAUGGGGGAGGGGGGCUAUUGAUUGUGGUGUGUACUCUUCCGAGAAAACAAUACCAUACUUGGCCCUCUCUUUCUCCGUGGUCUUCUCCUUCAUCUUUUCUGGCUCCCCUACUCAAUUCCUUUACCCAAAAGAGUGCCAGUAUAUCGCAUUCCUAUUUUCCGAAAAGCAAUAAAAUGGAGAAAAUAGAGUACCUGAGGAUGCGCACCCUGAAGUGCUUGUUAGGUUCAGUUUGGUGCGUGUAUCUCGAAGAGCACCUUUUUCUUUCUCUUGAGUAGACUACUUCCUCUCCAAGUCUUUACCCCACAACAAGUCAAGGAAUCACGACCAAGGAAGAGCUACCUGGCAAGCUCUUUUUUUUAUAUCGUGAGGUACUCUAGUGUAACAAAA